AAUCGUAUCCGUUAAGGCCGAAAGACGUGGUGGUCGUUUGCAGUUUGCAGAGAGUUAGAGUUGUACGAAAAACCAAACAUUCUCUUGCAUUUUGGAUUAUGCGGACUGUAAUUCCAAUUGCUAAUGCUCGUAAUCUUCUUCAUCAAGCGUCGUAUAACAAUCACACUUCAUCAUCACUCUCAUCCCCAGUCUUUCGCCUCGCUGCUGGUAGCCUUCAGCGCAAUGUUCAUCAUGCUUUAUGUUUCCACCCCCGUCCUCUAUCCAUUUUUUGGAUCGUCAGAGCUGACAAACCUCAAAGAAUACAAUCGGCUCGAGCUACUAAGGAUGAUCAAUUGCCAUUGGAGCGUGGAGGUCAGAAAGAUUUGGGUGGAGUGGGGGCGGAAGAAGCUACCCUUUUAGGAGAAAACAGUGGCAUUAUCUCCGCCUGUUUUGUUGGUCUCCUCACUGGCCUCUGUGUUGUUCUCUUCAACAAUGCGGUGCACGAAAUCCGUGAUAUUUGCUGGGACGGAAUCCCAUCUCGAGGUGCUUCAUGGUUAAGAGAGUUGCCACAUGAGAAAAUGUGGAUGCGAAUAAUACUGAUCCCCACUUGUGGAGGAUUAAUCGUUAGCUUGUUGAACAUUUUUCAAACUACCUUUUUAGAUGAAGGAGAUUCAGCAGAUAGGUUAAAAGCUGUUAUGAAACCGAUACUGAAAGGGGUAGCAGCUGCUGUAACACUUGGAACUGGGAAUUCUCUUGGCCCUGAAGGUCCAAGUGUUGAGAUUGGCGCAUCAGUGGCUAAAGGAAUCGGUUCAUUGUUUGAUAGAAAUGCUCAAAGAAAACUUUCUCUUAAAGCUGCAGGAUCAGCUGCUGGAAUUUCAUCUGGGUUCAACGCUGCUGUUGCUGGAUGCUUUUUUGCUGUUGAAUCAGUGUUAUGGCCAUCACCUGCUGAGUCAUCAUUAUCACUCACCAAUACAACAUCAACAGUUAUUCUCAGUGCUGUGAUAGCCUCUGUAGUAUCAGAAAUCGGCCUUGGAUCUGAACCUGCAUUCACUGUUCCAGAUUAUGAUUUCCGUUCAGCAACCGAACUUCCAUUAUACCUUCUAUUAGGUAUCUUCUGUGGGCUUGUAUCUUUAAGCUUUUCUUCAUGCACAUCAUGGAUGAUGAUGACAACAAACAAGAUUCAAAACACCUUCUCCAUACCAAAACCAGUUUUCCCAAUACUUGGUGGCUUUACAGUUGGGCUCAUAGCCUUGUUGUAUCCAGAAAUUCUCUAUUGGGGUUUUGAAAAUGUUGAUACCCUUUUAGAGACUCGACCUUUUGUGAAAGGUCUUUCAGUUGAUCUUUUAUUACAAUUAAUAGCAGUUAAAAUAGUAGCAACAUCUUUUUGUAGAGCAUGUGGAUUAGUAGGAGGAUAUUAUGCUCCAUCUCUUUUCAUUGGUGCAGCUACUGGAAUGGCAUAUGGGAAAAUAUUUGGUUCUUUCAUUCCUCAGUUUAACUCAAUCUUUCAUAUAUCAGGCAUGGAGGUUGCAUCACCACAAGCAUAUGGCCUUGUUGGGAUGGCUGCUACACUUGCAGGGGUGUGUCAAGUGCCACUUACUUCAGUGUUGCUUUUAUUUGAGCUUACACAUGAUUAUCGAAUAGUGUUGCCACUUUUGGGAGCUGUAGGGUUAUCUUCAUGGAUAACAUCAAGGUCUUUAAAGAAAAAGGAUGAUAGUGAAAAUGAUUUUUCAAAAAAGAAAGAAAAUGAAAACCAUAAUAAGUUUGAGACAAAAGAGCUUCUUGUAUCAGAAGCCAUGAGAAGAGAGUAUGUGAGUGUGGUAAUGAGCACCAUGUUAAUGGAAGUAGUGGCUUUGAUGCUUGAAAAUAACCAAUCUUGUGUUCUCAUAGUUGAUGAUGAUAACCUCUUGAUAGGUUUACUCACUCUUGAAAACAUACAAGACUUUUGUAAAUUAUCACAACAAACUAACAAAAUACCUCAGGAACUGAUUGUGUCUGAACUAUGUUCACUGAAGAAUGACAUGUGUAGAUUCCCACAAACUGUAACACCUGAGAUGAGUUUAUACUCAGCUGAAGUGAUUAUGAAUAUGUAUGGUGUAACUCACUUGCCAGUUAUUUCAGAAGACCAGAAAGCCUUCCCAGUUGGAAUCUUAGAUAGAGAAUCUAUCAAUUUAGCUUGCAGGGCUUUGGAAACAAGAGAACACCUUGUCUGGUUUUCCACACUCAACAACACUACAACUUGAUUUAGACAGAGGGGCAUGCCAAUGUGAGGAAACUUGAAGGGGAAAAUGAAAGAUGUUAAUAGAGAAAUCGGUUGGGUGUAGUUUUUUACAACAUUGAAGUUGCCGUGUUUAUCCAAAAGAAAUUGUAAAAAGAAAAAGUUGGGUUGCGAGGACAAUUUAAAGAUAUGCUUAAAAAACUAGAAAUCGAAAAAUAUACAAAGAUUAGAUUAGAAAAGUUAAGAGAUCAAGGGAUAAGGUAUGGCCUUACAGGUAUAUGGGAUUCUUGGUGUAUGUAAUGUGUAUGUGUGUAUAUAGCAUUUGUUAUUGUUUCAAAUGUGGUAAAGGAAUAAGAAUACUCUCAAGUUGUUUUAGAUAAUUAAGCAGAGACAUGAUGGUGAUGUGUUCCAAUAUUUAUUAUGAAAUUUUGAUAAAUAUGAAUUCACAGGUUUUAUAUAUGAAUUAUGAGCUUGAAUA